AUGAAUAUAUCAAUAACACAAAAUACACUUUAUCAAUUUUUUCAUACAGCUAUUCAAAUAGGUUGGUCAUGGUAAGUUUUUCUUCUUUAAUUGAAGAUAACUGAUGUACUAGAAGACAUUUCUGGCUUCUAAUGGACAUUUUUUUGUUCAACUUAGACUCAAUCUAAAAGUUUAACUCUAAAACUGAUAUGUAGAGAAAUUUGUGUAGAACAGAUCAAUAAAUUCUACACAAAUUUCUCUAUAUAUCAGUAUUAGAGUUAAACUUUCAGUGGGAUAAACUAUCAUUUUGUGAAACACGAUCUAAAAGAGAGUGUUGAAGUGUUUAGAGAUAGAAAUUUGGACCCUCCCUCCCCCACAGACCGUGAUAGAGAAAUUCCAAUACUCAUCACAGGCCGUGACAGAAAACCCCCAAAGACCAUCACAGAUCGUCACAGAAAAUCCUCAGAGACCAUCGCAGACCGUGACAGAGAACUGCCAAAGUCUCUCACAAACUGUGACAAAGACACUGUAGAUUUAAAGCAUCAAAUAAACGAUCAGCUAGAAAUCUAUCAUAAACAAAUGGAAGAAAACGUUGUCCAUUUAAUUCGUAACAAUAGAUCCAUCGUAUUUCACAUUUUUAAUCCCGCAAGGGAUUGCUCUAACAGCUUUUCAUUUAUUAAACAAUUUUUCAGACGCUUUCCAAGCACAUCAUGGAAAGGAGAGAAACGUCAUUGGGUUUUUAGACCCAAAACUACAUUUCAUGCGAAACUUUACUCUUGAAAGUCUUCAUAUAAAGAAAAUCUCCCUAAUCAUUCAUGUUUUGGUGCUUUUUUAUGUAUAGAAAAGCAUUUCAAAUUUACUAAACAUUUAUUUAUGCAAAUAAGUCAACUCUUACACAGAUGUAUAUUUUGCAAAGCCAAAUUGUGAAAAAUUUUCUAAAAGAAAGCCUAACUUUGUGAAGCAUGAAUGAUGUUUUUAUGCUUGGUAAUUUUCGAAAGAAAAGUAGUUAAGAAUAUCGAACUAAAUAGAUCACUAGAAAUUUUGAAAGAAAACUUUUAAAUUCGACCAAACCUGCCAAAAAUUAAAUUUUUUGCUCUUUUUGGAUUUUGC